CCCACCCCCCACCCCAAGAAAGGUAGGGGAGGUAAAAGUUAUCAUCAUAACGCAAGCAGGUUUGCGUAGUUCUUAUAUGUUCUUAAUAUUUCCAAGCGCUAGUGUUAUUUCGGUUUUAUUUUAUGUGGGCCACAAAGAAAAACAGUAAUGCUAAAUUGUCAUCGGAGGCGGAGCUUAGUGCGGUGUUUCAACAAAUGGGAAUGAAACCUGAUCACCAUGUCAGAUUCGGAGAUGAAGCUCUUGUUACAUCCAAAGACAAUAAUGUUAUUAUCCAGAAAGUUGGGAAUGACAACCUUGCCGUUCACUUGGGAUUUUUACAAAUGGGUCACCGUUACCAUAUAAGUGUAUAUCUCACGACUGAAAUGUGCCCCUGUGGUCCACUCCUAAGCCCUUCACCAGGUGAAGCAAGUCUUUCCCAAUAUUUCAAUCCUAACUGUCAUCUUCUCGCCAUGAAUCAAUGUGAUGAUGGGCGCUGGCAAUUGAAAGUGGAAUACUUUGCCCACAAAGAGAAACUUAUGAGAGAAGAUCUUUUUUUAUUCUCCACAGAUGAAAAUCACAAUAUCAACCUCAAGUUAACAUUCCAUGCAAGAGUUUUGGGGAAGGGGAAAGGUACUCCACUUUUGCGAAAUGGCAUUCACAGUAUUGGAUUUGAGUUAGAGGAUGAAGGAGAAACAUCUGAUUGGCAGGGUUUUGACUAGUUUAUUUGAUUUUAUAUACUAUUUCUCAAUGUGAUAGGCCUAGUAUACACUUCAUGUGAGUAUGUUUAUAGAAUAUUUAACUCAAACAUAGAGGUUAGUUAAACUCACUUGAUUUAUAAUUCAAUUUAACAUUAAGGAUUCUGAAAAGAUACCUGUGAAUUUGAGCUUAAAGUGCAAAUAGCAUUAUCAAAUAAAUUGUAAAUAGUAUAGUGCCUAAUAUUUUUAUUAUGGAAGUACCUAUGUGUUUACUUUGUUCUUGUAUUGUCUGUUGUCAUUCAUUCUAGGGUAUUUUGUUGUUUUAGCAGAAUACGUGGACAGUUUUGCAAAUAUUUAAUACCUAGUUUCCUUUAUACAUUCAAGUUUUGUUGAGUUUCUGUUGACCAAAAUCUUACUGUGUUUAAGAUUAUAAAUGGGAGUGUGGGUGCAUGUCUGCUUGUGUGUACAUUUGGUUUGUGUGAGUGUGUUGACUACACUUCUUUUCAUUUUCAAUUUUAAAGUUUUUGGAUAAGGCUGAAAAUAUUUUGCUAUAAAUGAGAACUUGAUGAUGGAUUAGUUCAAUCUGCUACUAUUUUUUUUCCAAAUUUAGUGUAUGUUGUCUGGAAGCUUCUUUUAAAAUCUUGUUGACACUAAGUUAAAGCUUUCACUUAUUUUAUUAUUGGACUGUUUUGAAAAGGUUGCAUCUUUUAAAAUAAUGUGAAGUAGUCCGAUUGCAUAAAGGGUACUAUGUAAUGCAUAUUUGCUCUAGAAAAUGGGCCUAUGUUGGGCAUAAUGACCUUCUUUGCUUCUUAUGGAAUCCAUUAAAUUGUCUUUGGUCAAGAAGUAUUUCUCUUUACAGCUGGAAAAGUGAACACUUACGCCUUAUUUAAGAAAAUAUGUCUUUUUAAAAUGAGUGUUAAGUUGAUAAGACUUGCUCAAACUGUUCUACUUCCUCACAUUAUGUGUAAUGGCAUUGUAAGUGACACCUCAUAUUUUACUUACCUCCUGUCUCCUACCCUCCCACCCCCAUCUCCACUUUAGUUUUGUAUUUCAGAAUGGGCUGGAACAGUUUGAAUGAUCCCUUUCUUUUCAGGCUGUGCUCUUUAUCCUCUGGUCCUGUGUUAUUCCUAGUCAGUAUGUGUCACAUGUCUGUAGUUUUAUCUAAAUCUCAUCUGUUGACUUUAAUUUAAUAGGGAAAGAAGGAAAGUGCAGAAAGCUACUUUCACAAAAGAUAUAUUAAAAUUGUUGAAGGAGGAUGUUAUCAUUCUGAGCUAGAAGAUUGUCAGUUUUUGAAUGGCUGCAAUCCGUCUUCAGCUGUUCUAUGUUCUUACACUUGUGUGAGUUCCAGAUAAGUCUGAAUUUGUUAACCUUGUACGUUAAUGAUAGCAAUGCCUUCCUGUUUUGAGUGUUUUGUAUAUGGUGUGUCUGCAAUAGUUUUUACUUAUUGCAGAAUGUUAUCUUACAGAAAUAAAACACCACAAGAUGAA